CGGAGCGGCCCCGGCCCCGGCCCGGCCCGCGCGGGGAGAUGGCGUCCUACGUGGAUAACAGCUUCCGCCAAGCCGUGAUGAAGAACCCGGUGGAGAGGACCCCUCAGGAUCUGGAAAUAGUGUAUUCCUAUUUACAUGGUAUGGAAGCCUUGUCAAACCUGAGGGAGCAUCAACUCAGGUUAAUGUGUGAAACUGUGAGAUACGAAAGACACGAAGCAAAUGAGGUUUUAUACUAUCCUGAUGACAUUGGGACCUGCUGGUAUAUUCUUCUCUCUGGCUCCGUGUUCAUCAAGGAAUCCAUGUUUCUUCCAAGGAGCAGUUUUGGCAAACGUUCUGCAGGGAGCUUUAGGCGUGGCUGCGAGUGCAUUGUCUUAGAGCCUUCUGAAAUGAUUGUGGUGGACUAUAUGGAUGAAAAUGAAGAGUACUUUCAACGACAAGCUUCCCACAGACAGUCUCGGAGGCGAUUUAGAAAAAUCAACCAGAAAGGGGAAAGGCAAACGAUCAUCGACACUGUGGAUCCUUAUCCUGUGGGCAAACCCCCUUUGCCGAGGGGCUACCACACGGAAUGCACUAAAUCUCAGCUUCCUGCAGAUUUCACAAAACUGCACCUUACUGACAGUCUCCACCCACAGGUGACCCACGUCUCUUCUAGCCAUUCAGGAUGUAGUAUCACUAGUGACUCUGGAAGCAGCAGUCUCUCUGAUAUCUACCAGGCCACCGAAAGUGAGGCUGGUGAUAUGGACCUGAGUGGGCUGCCAGAAACGGCGGUGGAUUCCGAGGACGAUGACGAUGAGGAAGACAUCGAGCGGGCGUCGGAUCCUCUGAUGAGCAGGGACAUUGUGCGAGACUGCCUGGAGAAGGACCCGAUCGACAGGACGGACGAUGACAUCGAACAACUCUUGGAAUUCAUGCACCAGUUGCCUGCUUUCGCCAAUAUGACGAUGUCGGUGAGACGAGAACUCUGUGCCGUGAUGGUGUUCGCAGUGGUGGAGAGAGCAGGAACUGUAGUGUUAAAUGAUGGUGAAGAGCUGGACUCCUGGUCAGUGAUUCUCAAUGGUUCUGUGGAGGUGACUUAUCCAGACGGGAAGGCAGAGAUGUUAUGCAUGGGAAAUAGUUUUGGUGUCUCUCCAACCAUGGACAAAGAGUACAUGAAAGGAGUCAUGAGGACAAAGGUGGAUGACUGCCAGUUUGUCUGCAUAGCCCAGCAAGAUUACUGCCGAAUUCUCAACCAGGUAGAAAAGAACAUGCAAAAAGUGGAAGAAGAAGGCGAGAUUGUUAUGGUGAAAGAACACCGAGAACUUGAUCGCACUGGCACAAGAAAGGGGCACAUCGUCAUCAAGGGCACCUCAGAACGGCUAACGAUGCACUUGGUGGAAGAACACUCGGUAGUGGAUCCAACGUUCAUAGAAGACUUCCUGUUGACCUAUAGGACUUUUCUCUCUAGCCCAAUGGAAGUGGGCAAGAAGUUAUUGGAGUGGUUUAAUGACCCGAGCCUCAGGGAUAAGGUUACACGGGUAGUUUUAUUGUGGGUAAAUAAUCACUUCAAUGACUUUGAAGGAGAUCCGGCAAUGACUCGAUUUCUAGAAGAAUUUGAAAACAAUCUGGAAAGGGAGAAAAUGGGUGGGCAUCUCAGGCUGCUGAAUAUCGCGUGUGCAGCGAAAGCAAAAAGAAGAUUGAUGACGUUAACAAAGCCGUCCCGGGAAGCUCCUUUGCCUUUCAUCUUACUUGGAGGCUCUGAGAAGGGAUUUGGGAUCUUUGUUGACAGUGUAGAUUCAGGUAGCAAAGCAACAGAAGCAGGCUUGAAACGUGGGGAUCAGAUAUUAGAAGUAAAUGGCCAAAACUUUGAAAAUAUUCAGCUGUCAAAAGCCAUGGAAAUUCUUAGAAAUAACACACAUUUAUCUAUCACUGUGAAAACCAAUUUAUUUGUAUUUAAAGAACUUCUAACGAGAUUGUCGGGAGAGAAAAGAAACGGUGCCCCUCACCUUCCUAAGAUUGGAGACAUCAAGAAGGCCAGCCGCUACUCCAUUCCCGAUCUCGCUGUGGACGUGGAGCAGGUGAUAGGCCUUGAAAAAGUCAACAAAAAAAGUAAAGCAAACACUGUUGGAGGAAGGAACAAGCUAAAAAAAAUACUUGACAAGACUCGGAUAAGUAUCUUGCCACAGAAACCAUAUAAUGAUAUUGGGAUUGGCCAGUCCCAAGACGACAGCAUCGUGGGAUUGAGGCAGACAAAGCACAUCCCAACUGCACUGCCUGUCAGUGGAACCUUAUCAUCCAGUAACCCUGACUUACUGCAGUCACAUCAUCGCAUUUUAGACUUCAGCACCACUCCUGACUUGCCAGACCAGGUGCUAAGAGUUUUCAAGGCUGAUCAGCAGAGCCGCUACAUCAUGAUCAGCAAGGACACCACAGCGAAGGAAGUGGUCGUCCAGGCGAUCCGGGAGUUUGCUGUCACUGCCACCCCGGAUCAGUAUUCGCUGUGUGAGGUCUCCGUCACUCCUGAGGGAGUCAUCAAGCAAAGACGACUUCCAGAUCAGCUUUCCAAACUUGCUGAUAGAAUACAACUGAGCGGAAGGUAUUACCUGAAAAACAACAUGGAAACAGAAACGCUGUGUUCGGAUGAGGAUGCUCAGGAGCUGCUGAGAGAAAGUCAGAUUUCGCUGCUUCAGCUGAGCACCGUCGAGGUGGCCACGCAGCUCUCCAUGCGCAAUUUCGAGCUCUUCCGCAACAUCGAGCCUACGGAAUACAUAGAUGAUUUAUUCAAGCUCAAGUCAAAAACGAGCUGUGCCAACCUGAAGAAAUUUGAAGAAGUCAUUAACCAGGAAACGUUCUGGGUGGCAUCUGAAAUUCUGCGAGAGACAAACCAGCUGAAGAGGAUGAAGAUCAUUAAGCAUUUCAUCAAAAUAGCCCUGCACUGCAGGGAGUGCAAGAAUUUUAACUCAAUGUUUGCAAUCAUCAGUGGCCUAAACCUGGCACCAGUGGCAAGACUGCGGACCACCUGGGAAAAACUUCCUAAUAAAUACGAAAAACUAUUUCAAGAUCUCCAGGACCUGUUCGAUCCCUCCAGAAACAUGGCGAAAUACCGCAACGUGCUCAACAGUCAAAACCUGCAGCCUCCCAUAAUCCCUCUGUUCCCAGUCAUCAAGAAGGACCUCACGUUCCUCCACGAAGGAAACGACUCGAAGGUCGAUGGGCUGGUCAACUUUGAGAAGCUAAGGAUGAUCGCAAAAGAGAUCCGUCACGUGGGCCGCAUGGCUUCCGUGAACAUGGACCCCGCCCUCAUGUUCAGGACUCGGAAGAAGAAAUGGCGGAGUCUGGGGUCUCUCAGCCAAGGUAGCACAAACGCAACAGUGUUAGAUGUUGCUCAGACAGGUGGUCAUAAAAAGCGGGUACGCCGCAGUUCCUUUCUCAAUGCCAAAAAGCUUUAUGAAGACGCCCAGAUGGCUCGGAAAGUGAAGCAGUACCUGUCCAAUCUGGAGCUAGAAAUGGAUGAGGAGAGCCUCCAGACACUGUCGCUGCAGUGCGAGCCAGCAACCAACACACUGCCUAAGAAUCCUGGUGACAAAAAGCCCGUCAAGUCCGAGACCUCCCCGGUGGCUCCAAGGGCAGGGUCACAGCAGAAGGCACAGCCGCAGCCACAGCUGCCCCCGCCCCCACACAAAGUCAGCCAAGGACUGCAGGUUCCUGCUGUGUCCCUGUACCCUUCACGCAAGAAAGUGCCUGUGAAGGACCUCCCGCCUUUCGGCAUAAACUCUCCACAAGCUUUAAAGAAAAUUCUUUCUUUGUCUGAAGAAGGAAGUUUAGAGCGUCACAAGAAACAAGCUGAGGAUACGAUGUCAAAUGCGUCUUCCCAGCUUUCUUCUCCACCCACUUCUCCCCAGAGCUCUCCCAGGAAAGGCUACACUUUGGCUCCCAGUGGAACUGUGGAUAACUUCUCGGACUCUGGCCACAGUGAAAUCUCCUCGCGCUCCAGUAUCGUCAGCAAUUCUUCUUUUGACUCUGUGCCAGUCUCGCUGCACGAGGAGCGGCGCCAGAGACAUUCUGUCAGCAUCGUGGAGACAAGCCUGGGUGUGGGCAGGAUGGAGCGGCGGGCCAUGACUGAACCCGACCAGUACAGCCUGGGGUCCUACGCACCGAUGUCUGAGAGUCGAGGAUUGUACGCCACAGCUACGGUAAUCUCUUCUCCGAGCACAGAGGAACUUUCCCAAGAUCAAGGGGACCGCGCCUCCCUCGACGCUGCCGACAGCGGCCGAGGGAGCUGGACGUCCUGCUCUAGUGGUUCCCACGACAACAUACAGACCAUCCAGCACCAGAGAAGCUGGGAGACACUUCCAUUCGGGCACACUCACUUUGAUUAUUCAGGGGAUCCUGCAGGCUUAUGGGCCUCAAGCAGCCAUAUGGACCAAAUGAUGUUUUCUGAUCAUAGCACAAAGUACAACAGGCAAAAUCAAAGUAGAGAGAGUCUGGAGCAAGCCCAGUCCCGGGCCAGCUGGGCGUCAUCCACAGGUUACUGGGGAGAGGACUCGGAAGGUGACACGGGCACAAUCAAGCGGAGGGGCGGGAAAGACGUUUCCAUGGAAGCGGAGAGCAGCAGCAUAGCACUGGUGACCGCGGAGGAAACCAAGCCCGUCCCCGUGCCUGCCCACAUAGCCGUGACGUCGAGCACUGCCAAGGGGCUCAUUGCGCGAAAGGAGGGCAGGUAUCGAGAGCCCCCGCCCACCCCUCCGGGCUACAUCGGAAUCCCCAUCACGGACUUCCCAGAAGGACAUCCCCACCCAGCCAGGAAACCCCCGGACUACAACGUGGCCCUUCAGAGAUCCCGGAUGGUGGCCCGAUCCUCGGAGGCGGCUGGGCCUUCCCCGGUACAGCAGCCGCCUGGGCACGCAGCGGGCAGCAGGCCUGGAAGCAAACCUCAGUGGCACAAGCCCAACGAGUCGGACCCGCGCCUUGCCCCCUACCAGUCCCCAGGGUUUUCCACCGAGGAGGACGAAGAUGAGCAGGUCUCUGCUGUUUGAGGCACAGGCUUCCCUGGAUCCAGAGUGAGCCACCCACAAGGAGAGCACAGAGACGUCCCUCCCGUGAGCCACCCACAAGGAGAGCACGGAGACGUCCCUCCCGUCGCAGCCUUGGAACUCGCAUCCCGAGGAUGGUGGACCAGUUUGCCUCCUUCCCUGCCUUAAACGCAGCAUGGGGCUUCUCCCCUUCUUCCUGUCCCCUUUGCAUGUGAAAUACUGUGAAGAAAUUGCCCUGGCACUUUUCAGACUUUGUUGCUUGAAAUGCACAGUGCAGCAGUCUCUGAGCGCCCACUGCUGCUGCCUGCCACGUCACACAGUGUCAUUCCAAAUUCCAAGAUCAUCAUGACAAGAUGAUUCACUCUGGCUGCACUUCUCAAUGCCUGGAAGGAUUUGGUGUUUUUUUUAAAUCUUCCUUAUCGAUUUCAAUCCAGUCCCAGCACUUGGUCUCAUUGGGAUAAUGAGAAAAGCUAGCCAUUGAACUACUUGGGGCCUUGAACCCACCGAGGAAGACAAAGAGAAACAAGAAAUCCUUUGAGUACAGUGCUUGUCCACUUGUUUACAAUGUCCUUUUUUUUUUUUUUUUUAAUUUUUAUUUUUAAUGAGUUUAAAGAUUGUGUUCAGAGAGUAAAUGUUAUUAUAUCCAUUUAUUGAUUACAGUAUUAUUUUGAUCCUUAAGUAGGGUUGCCAGCCUUGGUUUCUGCAAAACCAAAUAUGCCGGACACGGUGUGGCCACACCAAGACAAGGGGACGGCUGGGCUCACAGCCCUCUCUUCCCACAUCCUUGUGGCCUCACCUGCGAAGUGCCCUAUCCGGAAGUUUAAAACAUUGGCCAAUUCCUUCGAUGCCGAGACGCCUCCGCCGCCACCCCUUCCCCAGUUGGUGGGGGUCUUCUGUAGAACUGUUUGCACACGGCCAGGGGAGAGAAGUGGGACUCCUGCGUCCUCUUGAGCCUUACGGAGGCAGGACAGUGUCAUUUGAGGGUGCGUCCUGCUCCACUGAGACAGAUGGCAAACCCCAACAUUUAAGUUAUGUUUCUUAGACUUUUAUUAAUUGAGAAUUUUAGGUUUUUUUUUUUUUUUUUUUUUUUAAGAGAAACAGUUAUAACUGGAUAGCAUUGCAGUGAAAGCAGCUUGGGGUGUUGGAGCUAAUGCCAGCUGUUAAUACUGCUCUUUCAAGACAGCUUCCCUUUACUGAAUUGGCAUUAGGGAAUAAACAAGCCUUUAAACGUGGUAUAAAAGAUCAGAAACCUGGUUAGACUUGCCAGCCUUUGCAAGGCAGGUUAGUCAUCAAAGACUAACCAUGAAGUGGCUUUACGGACAGUGCGUGUAGAGGUCUACGUGUAGCAACCAUCUGCUCACAGCUGCUAUUAACCCUAUAAGGACUGAAAAUGACCCCUCCACUCUAUUUUUGUGUUGUUUUUGCACAGACUCCGGAAAAGUGAAGGCUGCCAAUCCGAGUAGUACUCAAAUGUGAGGAACUGCUGGUCUUGGAUUUUUUUUCCAUUAAAUUCAGCUGAUCAUAUUGAUCAGUAGGUAAACGUAAAUAGCUUCAAAUUUUAAAAGUCGAAUUGCAGUGUUUUUUCACUGUAUCAAACAAUGUCAGUGCUUUAUUUAAUAUUUCUCUCCUGUAUCAUGGCAUUUGUCUACUUGCUUAUAUAUUACAUUGUCAAUUAUGCAUUUGUAAUUUUACAUGUAAUAUGCAUUCUUUGCCAGUUUUAUUAUAUAGGCUAUGGACCUCAUGUGCAUAUAGAAAGACAAAAAUCUAGCUCUACCACAAGUUGCACAAAUGUUAUCUAAACAUUAAGUAAUCGUAGAACAUAGGACUGCUAAUCUCAGUUCGCUCUGUGAUGUCAAGUGCAGAAUGUACAAUUAACUGGUGAUUUCCUCAUACUUUUGAUACUACUUGUACCUGUAUGUCUUUUAGAAAGACAUUGGUGGAGUCUGUAUCCCUUUUGUAUUUUUAAUACAAUAAUUGUACAUAUUGGUUAUAUUUUUGUUGAAGAUGGUAGAAAUGUACUAUGUUUAUGCUUCUACAUCCAGUUUGUAUAAGCUGGAAAAUAAAUAGAUAUAACAU